AUGAAUAGCAUCCUGCCCACUUGGUGUCUAGAGGAAAACUACGACUUCUCCACUCUUGGAAAAAUCUGGGUUGUCUGGAAGCCAUAUGUGCAGGUCAAAAUUAUUGCUAAGUCCCUGCAGAUGAUCACCUGCUCUGUCAAACUCCCAUUUCAGGCCAGUGAAUUUGCAGUUUCUUUUAUCUACGAUUCUAACUGCAGAAAAGAAAGAAGACUACUAUGGAGUGAGCUGGAAUCUAUCUCCUGCUUGCCUCAGUUAUGCGGUAUCCCCUGGAUUGUGAUGGGGGACUUCAAUGAAAUCAUCAGUCCCUCAGAACACUCUCGAGCAAACCAUCACACCUCCACCAGAGGCAUGCGUGACUUCAGAGACUGCCUUCAACGCUGCUUACUGGCUGAUCUUCAGUUUAGUGGAAGCACGUUUACUUGGUCGAACUCUUCUGUCUCUAAAAAGCUAGACCGUAUCCUCUGCAAUGACGACUGGAUUAGCUCCUUCCCGGAAUCUAUCGCGGUCUUCGGUAAGCCCGGUAUCUCUGAUCACAGUCCUUGCUGUGUGUUCCUUGAUCAGCUCAAGCCUCCUCAGAAGCGCCCCUUCAGAUUCUUUGCCCACCUGAACACCCAUCAAGACUUUCAUGACCUUGUUAAAGCUGUCUGGAGCUCUAUGCCUUUUGAUGGGUCGAAGCAGCUGUGUGUCUCGAAGAAGCUCAAGGAAAUGAAGCCUAUUAUUCGUUCUUUCAACAAAGAAAAAUUUUCAGACCUUGAAAAGCGGGUUCAAGAGGCAUUUCAUCACUUAACUGAUUGCCAGCAACGAGCUGCUCACUCCAAGUGGUUCAAUCUUGCUAAAGCUGAAGAUCGUUUCUUACAUCAACGGUCAAGAGUGCAAUGGUCAGUUGAGGGUGAUGCUGGCACGGCUUUCUUUCAUCGGGCAAUCCGAGCAAGACAGGUCCAAAACCACAUCCACUUCCUUCUGGAUUCUGAUGACCGUAUCAUUGACACUCUUGAGGGCAUAAAAAGUCAUGCUGUCAAUUACUUUCAGCAACUUCUUGGCGGAAUCAACACGCAAACAACCUCCACCCCUGCUGAUAUCGCUUCAAUCAUGCAGGUCAAAUGCUCUGCUGAUACCGUCUCCUCUCUUGCAGCUCCGUUCACUGACCUUGAGAUUGAGAAAGCCUUCUUGUCCCUUCCCAAAAAUAAAUCCCCUGGCCCUGAUGGAUACCCAGCUAAAUUCUUCACUGGCAACUGGACGGCUGUAGGCAGAGAUCUUAUUGAUGCUGUCAAGGAAUUCUUGACCACUGGGGAACUCCUUCAGCAAUGGAACGCGACUCUCCUUAUCCUGGUACCGAAGAAAGCCAAUGCUAAUAGGAUUACGGAGUUUCGACCUAUAGCCUACUGCAACACAAUAUAUAAGGUUGCCUUAAAACUGUUAGCAAACAUGCUAAAGGAUCAUCUCCCGACCCUGAUCUCCACUUCUCAAUCAGCUUUCGUACCUGGUCGCUUGCUGGUGGAAAAUGUCCUUCUUGCCACGGAGCUGGUUGACCUCCAAAAGGCUUUUGACACGCUCGAUUGGGAUUUUAUCCUCUACACACUUGAAGCUCUUGAAUUCCCGCCGGGGUUUAGGAAUCUGAUCAAGAAGUGUUUGACUACUACACGCUUUUCAGUUGCUGUAAACGGAGAGUCAUGCGGUUACUUUAAGGGAACCAGAGGACUCCGGCAGGGUUGUCCUCUCUCGCCAUACCUCUUUGUUAUUGCCCUUGAAGUCUUCACACAACAGUUACGGAGGAGAUAUCUGGAUGGGUCUAUUGGCUACCACCCCAACACAUCAGCUCUUCAAGUCACUCACCUGUCUUUUGCUGAUGACUUGAUGAUCUUUGCGGAUGGUACUGCUGAAUUUGUGCAAUGUAUAGCUGAAACAAUGGAGGAUUUUGCCCUUUGGUCGGGUUUGCGAAUGAACAGAUCAAAAACAGAGCUCUACAUUGCCGGUUUGAACAGUGAUGAAGCAGCAGACAUCUCUUGCCUAGGCUUCACCAUUGGAUCCAUGCCAAUCAGGUACUUGGGACUUCCUCUCAUGUAUAGGAAGCUUCGUCUCCCUGAUUAUAAGCCCCUAAUCGACAAGCUCUCCUCAAACUUCAAUUGUUGGUCGGCCAGAGCGUUAUCUUUUGCAGGAAGAAGGCAACUCCUAUCCUCAGUCAUUUAUGGCUCCAUCAACUUCUGGACAUCAGCCUUCAUUCUACUUAAGAACUGCAUCAAGAAGAUUGAAUCUCUCUGUUCUCAAUUCCUUUGGGGCGGUACUGAAACAAAGAAGUGUAUUGCAAAGAGGCUCUUCACAACCAAAGAUUCACUAUGGGCAACUUGGAUUAAGGAGUACAAGAUAAAAGACUAUAACUUUUGGGCUAUUGAUGAAUCCAAGGCCUCUUCAUCUUUUUGGCGCAGUCUACUCUCCUUGCGGGGUCUGGCAAACCACUUUCUUAAGGCAAAACUGGACAACGGCCAGCAGAUAAGCUUCUGGUAUGAUAAGUGGACGCCGCUUGGACCCCUCAUCAUGCGCUUUGGGGAUUUAGGUCCUAGAGAGCUCCAGAUUGAAGAAUAUGCAUCUGUCGCACAGGCCUGCAACGAUGAGGGUUGGUUACUCAGGGGGGCACGUUCCCAGGCUGCUGAGGAGCUACAACUGCAUCUCACUACCAUUCCUCUGCCCACGCUAAGUGCUACGGAUGAUUCUUAUGUGUGGGAAACGGGUGGAAAUGAGUUGCAGGAGUUCUCUGCUAGCAAAACCUGGAACCAGUUAAGGAACAGAGCCCCUGAACAGCGAUGGACACAAAAUAUUUGGUUCACAGGUCACAUUCCUCGUCAUGUUUUUACUACAUGGGUUGCUUACCAAGAUCGGCUCCCUACUAGAGCUAGACUAGUCAGUUGGGGCAUGAACAUCUCCUCAGCUUGUUGCCUCUGCAAUUUAAUGGAUGAGACCAGGGACCAUUUGUUCCUCCGUUGCGAGUUCAGUGAAACUGUUUGGAGUUAUGUGAUGUGCAGGUUAGGAUACUCUCAUAGAGGGUUCCACUCUUGGAAUGCUCUCUCGGAGUGGAUGAGGUUUCGAGACUCAGUGGUGAGCUUACCGCUCAAGCGCAUCACUGCCCAAGCCACGAUCUCCUGCCUCUGGACCGAAAGGAACAAGCGCCUCCAUGACAACAUCUCCCAACCACCACUGUCCAUCUUCAAAAAGAUUGAUCGCCUCACCAGGGAUGCCAUUCUAGGGAGAAGGAAGAAGACUGCUCUGUUCCAGCACCUGAUGCAAGAAUGGCUCAGAUUUGAGUAG